AUGUCGAAAAAACCGAAGAAAGGGAAAACAAUUGCAUUGACGGACUUUCUCGCAUCGGAACCCAAACUCGUCACUGUUCGAGACAGUACUUGGGCAGCAAUCGUUGACGAAGAUGAAGCACAAAAGAAACCAAUCGUUGUCGAUAUGAGUGUGUUGCCAACAGCACCUCGAUCCGCGGUCGAUAUUGAUUAUUCAACUGUGCCUGAGAAUCCUCCAUUCAUUGCACAUGUGGCGAAUCUAUCGUUCGAAAUCGACGAUGAAGAACUUCGCCGAAUAUUUGGUGAUUUAAAUCCGAAAUCUGCUCGAAUUAUUCGAGAGAACAAUCGCAGUCGCGGUGCUGGUUUAGUUGAAUUUAGUAGUCGAGAAACUUUGAUUGAAGCAUUGAAACGCUCAGAUAAAGAAGUUUACGGCAGAAAGAUUCGAAUCAAUGUUUCUGAUAAACCAGAUUUUCAUCAAGUCGAUGGGCAUCGGAAUCAGUUUCAUAAUCGAUUCAAUCGGUCGGGAGAAGAUCGACCAGAAAUGGGUGAUAGAUGGAAACGAGGCGAAAGAAGAUCAGAUGAAUUUUCGAAUAACGAUCGACCACACACCGGAUACAAUCGAGGCAGAGACGACCAAGAACGAUCAAAGUUUUCGGGUAAUUCGCGUGAUAAUCAACGUAGCGGAGAUUAUGGAUUUGGCUAUCGGAGAAACAAAGAUGAUCGUGGUUAUGACCGACCAGGACCACGACAUCGUUACAAUGAUGAUCACAAUUGGCAGAAUGAUCGAAUGGAUCGACCAAAAUAUUCUGGACGGCAUGACGAAAUGAACGAGCCGCGUGAUCAAGAUGCGUCCAAUGAUGAUAAUCGUCAGGCUCCAAAAGAACGUCCACGUCUUCAACUUCAACCGCGAACAAAACCACUCGAAGAUCAUCAUUCAAUAUCGAAUUCUUCGUCUUCAACGACUAAUGUUGGAAUGAAUAGAUCUAUAUCGCAUACUGAAGACACUCCGUCAUUGAAUGAAAGUUCAACUACGCAUCCUGAUGAUUAUCAACGUCAAGAUUCACAUAAUGUAUCUGAGACUGGCUCAUCUAUUGAUCAAGCAGCAGUUAAAUCUCCAGUUGCAUCGCGUGGUGUAGGUGCAUCGAUAUUCGGUGGUGCAAAACCAGUUGAUACCACCGCGCGAGAACUGGAAAUUGAACGCAAAUUAAAUGAAUUAAAAAUGGUAGAGAAUGAAACAGGUGAAGAAGAACACGAAAAAAUCUCAUCAUCUAGACCAUCGUACAAUCGUGGUCAAGAACGAGAUAACUAUCGCAAUAAACGUCCGUCGUACAAUGAUUCACAUCAGGAUCGUGAUCGACGUGAUGACGGUCGAACUAAUUAUCAUCAUAAAAGAGAACAUAGUGGUGGCCGUCGCUAUGAAGAUGAUGGUCGAAGACCAAACAAUGGUGUUGGUCAACAUCGUCAUGAUCGAGAUCGUUACAAUCCACCAUCUCGGCGUGAUCAUGAUAAUGGUCGCAGUGGCAAGUACAAUCAUCAUGAUAACUAUGGGCAUCGCGACCGCGAUAGUCAUGAUUCGAAUCAUCAACGACGGUCAUCUGAUGAUCAAUUUCAUACCGAAUCGCAGUCGAAGUACCAACCACGUGCGAUACUACGACGCCCAGCUCCAACAGAAGACGAAACAAAUAAGCUUCACUUGUCAAAUAAGUUCGAUAUGCUUAAUAAUGAUGAUGAAGAUCCUCAAAGUCCUUCGAUCGAUGAUUAA